AUGGCAUCGGUGGCACAGUUGAUGUUCGAUGAAUUCGGGCAACCGUUCAUUGUCAUGCGUGAUCAGGAAAAGCAGAAGCGUCUCACUGGUUUGGAGGCUGUCAAGAGUCACAUACUUGCCGCACGGGCUGUUGCAAAUACACUUCGUACGUCUUUUGGACCUCGUGGUCUCGAUAAAAUGCUGGUUUCCUCUGAUGGCGAGGUCACCAUCACCAAUGAUGGUGCAACAAUUAUGGAGAAGAUGGACAUACAACAUCAUGUAGCGAAAUUAAUGGUUGAACUUAGCAAGUCGCAAGACGCUGAAAUCGGAGACGGAACAACAGGAGUCGUUGGUUGGUGUUUUAUGCCGUAUACAUAUAUUUAUAUUUACAUGUGUACAUUAUUACAUAUGCAUAUGUACACAUAUGCACAUAUAUAUACAUACAUACAAAAUUUUUACAAAAUGUACAAGUACCACGCCCACACAUGUAUAUGUGUAUACGUGUGCGGAUUACACGUUACAUGUACAUACGUAUAUAUGUAUAUAUACAUAUAUAUAUGCAUAUAUAUGUGUUCGGGCAUUAUGUAA